AUGCUGCGGGUGCGCGCCGUGGUGAUGACCCGCGACGACUCGAGCGGCGGGUGGGUGCCCACGCGCGGGGGGGGCCUCAGCCACGUCACGGUCACCAGCGCCCGGCGGCGCGAGGACGGCCACCGCCAGCGGCAGUACCUCAUCCGCGGGGAGCGGCUGCGGGACCAGGCCCCCACGCUGGAGUGUGCGCUGCGGCGGGACCUGGAGUACAACGAGGUGACCCCCACCUUCCACCACUGGCGCGUCGGGGGGCGGCGGUUCGGCCUCACCUUCCAGAGCCCCGCCGACGCCGGCGCCUUCCGCAGGGGCGUGCGGGGCGCCCUGCAGGCCCUGGCCGCGGGUGGCCGCUGGGGGACCCGGAGGAGCCGGAGACCCCCCCCCCCGCCCCGGCAACCCCGCACCCCCCGCGGCUACGAGGACUACCGCCACCCCGGGGGGGCCACCGCCGCCCACGUCCGCUUCCAGAAGGAUCCGAAGGGGUCCCCCUCCUGCCGCAUCCACGGGGACCCCCCGCCCGGAGCCCCCUCCCGCUGCGUCUACUGCCGGGGGGUCUUCAGCCGGGAGGAGAACGGCCGCGGGCAGUGCCGGGAGGCGCCGGAUCCGGCCGGCCGCUGCGUCCGCCGCCUGAGCUGCAUGUGGUGCGCCGAGAGCCUCCUCUACCACUGCCUGGCCGACGCCGAGGGCGACUUCUCGGCGCCCUGCUCCUGCGGCGCGGGGGACCCCCACUGCUGCGCCCGCUGGCUGGCGCCCGCCGCCCUGGCGCUGCUGGUGCCCUGCCUCUGCUGCUACCCGCCCCUGCGCGCCUGCCACUGGUGCGGCGGCCACUGCGGCUGCUGCGGCGGCCGACACAAGGCCGCCCGGUGA